AAAUUAGCAAACAAGCAAAAUUCACUGAGUUCAGUCAACUCUGCUGAAAUUCUGGCUUAAAGUAGAAAAUGUAAUGCGAAAUUAAUCGACCACAACUAAAGAUUUUAUCUGAGCGCUCAACUGUUAUCAUCGCAGUCGCCUCACAAGGGGGAAGUCACGCAACCGCUGACUCGUCACUAUUGAACCCGCCGCAUUUUGAAUUGCGCUCCCGUCCACUCGGUCAAAUUCCAAAUUUUUGACGCAAUGUCUGUUAGACAGUUUAGGACGCUUUGUGGCCAGUCGCACCUCUCCCGGCUGGGCCGAGAAACGAUCCCGACAGCCCAAAAUCGAACGAUUCCAGCAGUUAUCCACCGAAAAGUGUGUUCAUGCGGAGUUCAGAUUAGUCGAUUCCGUCAGCUUCCAAUAGUAGGCACCGUUGCUUUCAUAGCCAUCGCGAAAUCCUCGAGGGUCGAGAACCGCAGCAAAAUGACCGAGGAAGUGAGCCUGGACCUGACCUUGCAGAAUGCAGACCAGCUGUUUGACGAGAAUCACUACCAAGAAGUGAUCGAUGUGCUGUCUAAGUACUCGGACCAAGACUCAGCCGAGAUUCAGUGGCGUAAAGCGCGUGCCUACUAUUCCCUCUCUAAAAGCGCCAAGGAAAAAUCCGAACGUGAGAAACUCAUUCGUCAAUCAUAUGAACUAAUUCAGCAAGCUCUAGAGAAAGACGAUAAGAACUUCGCCAUACACAAAUGGAUGGCAAUCGUCAUGGACGCCAACGCUGAAUUGGAUGGCAUCAAGGCAAGAGUUUCGCAACUCGAACUAAUGAAAAAUCAUAUCAGUCGAUCAUUGGAGUUGAACCCAGACGAUCCAACAACCUGGCAUUUGCUAGGCGCAUUUGAAUUCGCUCUAGCGGAAUUGCCAUGGAUUCAAAGGAAGAUUGUUUCAGCCAUCUUUGCUACACCUCCAACUGGCACAUAUGAGAAGGCCCUUGAAUGCUUCGAAAAAGCCGAAAGCAUUAAACCCGGCUUUUACUCAUCGAAUUGGCUUAUGGCAGGAAAAUGCUAUCUAGCACUUGAGAAAAAGAAGGAAGCAAAAGAAUUUCUGGAGAAAGCGGCAAAUUGUCGUGUUUUGAAUGAAGAUGACAAGAAAAGUAAGGAGGAAGCUACUCAAUUGCUGAAGAAGAUUUAAGGGGGGUCUUUGACUGGGCAACGACAUCAAAAUAAUAGAAUUCCAAACAUUUUCAAUUUUCUUCUGAAAGUGACAAUAUUUUUUCUUUCGAAAAUGCUUCAUUAAUUAAUGUUUAACGUUUUUGUAAAUAAAAUUCUCCUUGAAAAACAAGAAUAAAUGGAAUUAUCCAAAUAAA